CUUGACCACUGUCCGCAACACGCCCGGAAUCUGGCACCACACAGUCGUCGAGUUAAGAGUCUUGUACUGCACGACUAUUCACAGUCUCUGAGCUCCUCACGGACGUAGCCUUUUUUCCGCUCCUUUUGCACCGUUGCACCUUCCAGUGUCGAGUCAGGAGGGAUUGUCUCGGCAAAGCGCAGUCUGCAUAUUGACCACAAGGCUGCGCAUCCAACCACAGAAAACGACGACAUCCUCAAAACACUCUCGCCACAGUCUCGCGGACGCUCCAAUACUUAUUCGACGACCGCAAAGCCUCCUUGAAGCCAUAACCGUUGCUCAAAAUGUCACGCAGCAACAAACUCGCCCCCGAGGCCAACCGCAUCCUCUUCGUCAAGAAUCUAGCAUACAACGUUGACAGUGAGAGUUUAUGGGCUCUAUUCUCUAAGUUUGGACAUGUACUUCAAAUCAGGGUAGGAAAUUCGAAUACCACAAAGGGCACAGCGUUCGUGGUGUACAAUGAUGUGUUGGACGCGAAGUCAGCCUGCGACAAACUAAACGGGUUCAACUUUAUGAAUCGCUACCUCGUGGUCUUGUACCACCAACCUGAGAAAAUGAAGGUCGAGGCCAAAGAAGACAUCGCGGCCAGGCAGGAGAACCUGGAACGCAUGAAGCGGGAACAUGGGAUUGAAUGACCGGCGCAUAUUGCGGCGAAUGACUUGGCCAAAAGGCCAACUGAUACUGCCGGCAAAAUUCUGAUAUAUGAACAAAGCUGGGACAGUGCUCACUGGGAAGCGCCUGAACGGAGUUCUGCUGCUGAUGACAUGAGUCCGGGGCUCUACAAGGUCGGGGAGCACAACGCUCGCUAUCAUCUGCAUUCGCACUCGAGGGAUGUGUUGCGCAGUCGCAAGGGCGCAAAGGCAAGGCGAAGUGAAUCAGGGAGGCUAUGCGGAGAGUCGGAUUGAGGAAGUCAAUGGCCUUAGUAACAUGUCAAGCACACCUUAUAACAUGUCAAGCACACCUUAUAACAUGUCAAGCACAGGAGCAUUGGUCUCAAGGUCAGACAUUGGAUUAUUCGCUCAAGCCUGCGCAUUUCAGCCAGGAGCACCGCCAGGCACGUAUGGCCUCCUAAAAGCCAGGCUCCUCUCUAUGCGUUCCAUGCAGUGGAGCUUCAAUACCGUAGCAUCUCAAGCAUCCAACUUC